AUGAGGACUACUUUAGAAAAAGCAUACAACGCUACACAGAAAAUAUUUUUCCAUUUAAUUUUGGUAACGUUUAUCGUUUUUUGGACACUAAUAAAGGUCCCAAAGCUCCUGCAUCAGUACCUCUCAGAAAGAAGAGCGACACACGAACGUAAAGUAACUGAAUGCAAUGAAAAUUCAACAGUAGUAGAACAAAACGUCGAAAUUUUUGAAAAUCUAGAUGAUUGGUGGAAUCCUCGUGGAAAACUUUCUACAUUACACAAAUUCAACGUUAUAAGAAUUCCGUUCAUUCAAAAUGGUAUCCUUGCUCACACCGGAGCAGACACUCUGAAUAAUAUAAAAAUACUAGACGUCGGCUGUGGUGGAGGAAUACUGUCCGAGGGUUUAGCAAAAGCCGGAGCACUCGUGACCGGAAUUGACGCAAGUGCAGCUUUAAUUAUGAUAGCAAAGGAACAUCGUAAUCUCAGUUCAGAUCUACCAAACAGCAACCCUAUUUAUCACCAUAAUACUAUUGAAGUCAGUUUUUUUUUAUUGCUUAUGUGUGUGGACGAGCUCACAGCCCACCUGAUGUUAAGUGGUUACUGGAGCCCAUAG